GGGGCCAAGCCGGGCAGAGGUAGAGGAAGGGAGGACUGACCGAAGGCUGGGCUGGGCCGGGCCAGAGGCCACUGUAGCUUUAACCAGUCAGCCCAGACUGAUUCAAGACAGGAGCCCACCAGUGCCAGGCUGGACGUGGGGCAGAGAGGAAGCCAGACUAUGGAGGGGAAGAUACAGCCUGUGCUGUGGGGGCUUUGUGCAGUCUGGGUGACUGUCCAUGGCAUCUUUGUGGAAACCCCAAAGGAUGUUCUUCGGGCUGCGAGGGGGAAAAAUGUUACCCUUCCAUGCUCCUACCAGACUUCCUCCGCCAACCGAGACGGAUUUAUCCAGUGGGACAAGCUUCUAAGGAGUCAUACGGAAAGCGUGCUCAUCUGGGCAUUUUCGACCAAAAACUAUGUCUACGGUGAACUUUAUCAGAAUCGUGCUAGUAUAUCAAACAACGCCGAGCAGUCAGAUGCCUCCAUCACCAUUGACCAGUUGACCAUGGAUGACAAUGGCACCUAUGAGUGCUCCGUCUUGCUAACGUCAGAUCUGGGUGGCGUCUCCAAGUCACGUGUCUAUCUCUUGGUCCUUGUGCCGCCCUCCAAGCCAGACUGUGGCAUCCAGGGAGAGACUGUCAUUGGGAACGACAUCCAGCUGACCUGCCAGUCAAAGGAGGGCUCCCCAGCCCCUCAGUACAGCUGGAAGAGCUACGAUGUCCUGCACCAAGAGCGUCAAGUCACACCAGUCACAGGACAGACCUUCUCUCUGAAAAACAUCUCCACAGAAAUGUCGGGUUACUACAUCUGCAUCUCCAGGAACGAGGUGGGGACCGAGUCCUGCAACAUCACCGUAGCUGUCAGAUCUCCCUCCAUGAAUGUGGCUCUGUAUGCGGGCGUCGCUGGGGGCGUGGCUGCGGCUCUCGUCAUCAUUGGCGUCAUCCUGUACUGCUGCUGCUGCCGGGACACCGGCAAGGCUGAAGACGCCGAGGUCGCACGGCCGAAUCGGGCGGCCUACCGGGAGCCACCAGAGCAGCUGACAGAGCUUUCCAGAAGACAAGAAGAGUAGGGUGAGGAUGACUACAGGCAUGAAGACCAGAGGAACGCCGGCCGAGAGACCCCUGACCAGGCUGGCCGAUGAUCUGGGCCUGCUGCAGGCUGGGGCCAGUGGGAGGAUUAGGGGUCAUCCCCCUGCCUCCAGGCCUCUCCUCUCCUUUCCAGACCCUACUUUUCUGACCCUUUGUCCCAGUUAUUGAGGGAUGCUUCAUUCCCCAUGUUGGCUGCUGGAGGACUUGGCUUGGCCUAGCCAAGGGGAUGUCACUUUUGACUGACCCUGCCAAGUGCCCUCCCCUUUGAAGUGACCCUCCUAUUACCCUCAGGGCCCUUCACCCUGGACUAGGCAGCAGCCUCCACUUCCCCAUGGCACUCCUGCUCCCCAGAGGUGAUACUAGCCUCAGGAUGGCAGAAGUUGCCUCCCCAUUGUGUGCCCAGCACCCAGGGGAACAGCACCUGGCAGAGGUUUUGCAUGCAAUACAUUUUAGUUGAAUGAAUGAAGGAAUAAUUGAGUACAUAAAGCCUUUAUUUAUCCAACUUU